CUGGCGCCCCCCGCCCCCUGCGCACAGCUGGGACGUGGGCCGCUGCGGGGCGGCAGGCGGGCGCAGUCCGUUGCCGGCCGUGGACGCGCCGGGCCCUCGAGGUCGGUCCGUGCGUCCAAGCGUCCGUGCGCGCCGAGGGCCAUGGCCGUGCUCCCCGCGCGCUACUGCUUGCUGGCGCUUGUGCUGUGCUGCUGCUUGGGGCGGCUGGCUGCGGUCGCCCCAAAGCCGGGUAACGGGUGUCCGAGCCGCUGCCUGUGUUUCCGGACCACGGUGCGCUGCAUGCAUCUGCUGCUGGAGGCCGUGCCCGCCGUGGCGCCGCAGACCUCCAUCCUGGAUCUUCGCUUUAACAGAAUCAGAGAGAUCCAGCCGGGGGCGUUCAGGGGGCUGAGAAACUUGAACACACUGCUUCUCAACAACAACCAGAUCAAGAGUGUGCCCAGCGGGUCGUUUGAAGACCUGGAGAACCUAAAAUACCUCUAUCUGUACAAGAAUGAGAUCCAGGCAAUUGACAGGCAAGCGUUUAAGGGACUUGCCUCCCUAGAGCAACUGUACCUGCACUUUAAUCAGAUAGAGACUUUGGACCCAGAGUCAUUUCAACACCUGCCAAAGCUGGAGCGGCUGUUUUUACACAACAACCGAAUUACACAUUUGGUUCCGGGAACAUUUAAUCACUUGGAAUCUAUGAAAAGAUUGCGCCUGGACUCCAACGCGCUGCACUGUGACUGCGAGAUCCUGUGGCUGGCGGACCUGCUGAAAACCUACGCCAGGUCGGGGAACGCGCAGGCCGCAGCCACCUGCGAGUAUCCACGACGCAUCCAGGGGCGGUCGGUGGCAACCAUCACCCCGGAAGAGCUGGACUGUGAAAGACCCCGGAUCACGUCAGAGCCCCAGGACGCAGAUGUCACCUUGGGGAACACCGUGUUCUUCACCUGCAGAGCCGAGGGCAACCCUAAGCCCGAGAUCAUCUGGCUCAGGAACAAUAACGAGCUGAGCAUGAAGACGGAUUCCCGCCUGAACCUGCUGGGCGACGGGACCCUGAUGAUCCAGAACACGCGGGAGACAGACCAGGGCGUCUACCAGUGCAUGGCGAAGAACGUGGCCGGGGAGGCGAAGACGCAGGAGGUGACCCUCAGGUACUUCGGCUCUCCAGCCCGCCCCACUUUUGUAAUCCAGCCCCAGAACACAGAGGUGUUGGUCGGGGAGAGCGUCACCCUGGAGUGCAGCGCCACGGGCCACCCUCCGCCGCGGAUCACCUGGACGAGGGGCGACCGGACGCCCGUGCCCGCGGACCCCCGGGUGAGCGUCACCCCAUCUGGCGGCCUCUACAUCCAGAAGGUGGAGCAGGAGGACAGCGGGGAAUACACCUGCUUCGCGUCCAACACGGUGGACAGCAUCCACGCCACCGCCUUCAUCAUCGUCCAGGCUCUUCCUCAGUUCACCGUGACGCCUCAGGACCGAGCUGUCACCGAGGGUCAGACAGUUGACUUCCACUGUGAGGCCAAGGGCUACCCUCAGCCAGUCAUCGCCUGGACGAAAGGAGGGAGCCAGCUGUCGGUGGACCGGCGGCACCUGGUUCUGUCCUCGGGAACGCUCAGGAUCUCGGGCGUUGCCCUGCACGACCAGGGCCAGUACGAGUGCCAGGCCGUCAACAUCAUCGGCUCCCAGAGGGUCACGGCGCACCUGACGGUCCAGCCCCGAGUCACCCCCGUGUUCACCAGCAUCCCCAGUGACAUGACGGUGGAGGUGGGCAGCAGCGUGCAGCUCCCGUGCAGCUCCCAGGGGGAGCCCAAGCCCGCCAUCACCUGGAACAAGGAUGGGGUUCAGGUGACGGAAAGUGGGAAGUUUCACAUCAGCCCCGAGGGAUUCCUGACCAUCCACGACAUGGGGCCUGCGGACUCUGGCCGCUACGAGUGUGUGGCCCGGAACGCGAUCGGGCAGGCCUCUGUCAGCGUGGUGCUGAGCGUGAACGUUCCCGAUGUCAGUCGGAACGGGGACCCGUUUGUAGCCACGUCCAUCGUGGAAGCGAUCGCAACCGUGGACAGAGCCAUAAACUCCACGCGGACACACCUGUUUGACAGCCGCCCUCGCUCCCCGAACGACCUGCUGGCCCUGUUCCGGUACCCGAGGGACCCCUACACCGUGGAGCAGGCGCGCGCCGGAGAGAUAUUCGAGCGGACGUUGCAGCUGAUUCAGGAGCACGUGCAGCAUGGCCUGAUGGUUGACCUGAACGGAACAAGUUACCACUACAACGACCUAGUGUCCCCACAGUACCUGAGCCUGAUCGCCAACCUCUCUGGCUGCACGGCGCACCGGCGCGUCAACAACUGCUCGGACAUGUGCUUCCACCAGAAGUACCGGACCCACGACGGCACCUGCAACAACCUGCAGCACCCCAUGUGGGGCGCCUCGCUGACUGCCUUCGAGCGCCUGCUCAAGGCCGUGUACGAGAACGGCUUCAACACGCCACGGGGCAUCGACCCUGGCCGGCGGUACCACGGCCACCCGCUGCCUAUGCCCCGCCUGGUGUCCACAGCCCUCAUCGGCUCGGAGGCCGUCACCCCGGACGAGCAGUUCACCCACAUGCUGAUGCAGUGGGGCCAGUUCCUGGACCACGACCUGGACUCCACGGUGGUGGCCCUGAGCCAGGCCCGCUUCUCGGACGGCCAGCACUGCAGCUCUGCCUGCAGCAACGACCCGCCCUGCUUCUCGGUGGCCAUCCCACCCAACGACCCGCGGGCGCGGAGCGGGGCGCGCUGCAUGUUCUUCGUGCGCUCCAGCCCCGUGUGCGGCAGCGGCAUGACGUCCCUGCUCAUGAACUCCGUGUACCCCCGCGAGCAGAUCAACCAGCUCACCUCCUACAUCGACGCGUCCAACGUCUACGGCAGCUCAGAGCACGAGGCCCGCGCCAUCCGGGACCUGGCCAGCCAGCGGGGACUGCUGCGCCAGGGCAUCGUGCAGCGCUCAGGCAAGCCGCUGCUGCCCUUCGCGGCCGGGCCGCCCACCGAGUGCAUGCGGGACGAGAACGAGAGCCCCAUCCCCUGCUUCCUGGCCGGCGACCACCGCGCCAACGAGCAGCUGGGGCUCACCAGCAUGCACACGCUCUGGUUCCGCGAGCACAACCGCGUGGCCACCGAGCUGCUGGCGCUGAACCCGCAUUGGGACGGCGACACCAUCUACCACGAGGCCCGGAAGGUGGUGGGGGCGCAGGUGCAGCACAUCACCUACCAGCACUGGCUGCCCAAGGUGCUGGGAGAGGUGGGCAUGAAGAUGCUGGGUGAGUACCGCGGCUACGACCCGGGCGUCAACGCCGGCAUCUUCAACGCCUUCGCCACUGCCGCCUUCAGGUUCGGCCACACGCUGGUCAACCCGGUGCUGCAGCGGCUGGACGAGCACUUCCAGCCCACGGUGCACGGCCACGUGCCCCUGCACAAGGCCUUCUUCUCCCCCUUCCGCAUCGUCAGCGAGGGCGGCAUCGACCCGCUGCUCCGCGGCCUGUUCGGCGUGGCCGGGAAGAUGCGCGUGCCGUCGCAGCCGCUGAACACCGAGCUCACGGAGCGGCUCUUCUCCAUGGCGCACACGGUGGCACUGGACCUGGCUGCCAUCAACAUCCAGCGGGGCCGGGACCACGGCAUCCCGCCCUACCACGACUACCGCGUCUACUGCAACCUGUCGUCUGCCCACACCUUCGAGGACCUGAAGAACGAGAUCAAGAACCCUGAUAUCCGGGAGAAGCUGAGGCGGCUGUAUGGCUCCCCGCUCAACGUCGACCUGUUCCCGGCCCUCGUGGUGGAGGACCUGGUGCCCGGCAGCCGCCUGGGGCCCACCCUCAUGUGUCUGCUGAGUUCGCAGUUCAAGCGCUUACGCGACGGGGACAGGCUGUGGUACGAGAACCCGGGGGUGUUCACCCCGGCCCAGCUCACGCAGAUCAAGCAGACGUCGCUGGCCCGGAUCCUUUGUGACAACUCAGACAACAUCACGCGUGUGCAGCGGGACGUGUUCCAGGUGGCGGAGUUCCCGCACGGGUACAGCAGCUGUGACGAGAUCCCCAGGGUGGACCUGCGCGUGUGGCAGGACUGCUGUGAGGACUGCAGAACCAGGGGGCAGUUCAACGCCUUUUCCUAUCACUUCCGAGGCAAGCGAUCCCUUGAGUUCAGCUACCAGGGCGUCGAGCCUGCCAGGGAUGCCGGACCCCGGGAGAUGUCAAGAGUUGGGAAACAGGGGAAGCGUCCCAGCAACGCCACGGCCGCCGCCUCCGAGCGCCCACAGGUACCGGGGACGAGCGACUUCAGGGAGUUUGUUCUGGAGAUGCAGAAGACCAUCACGGACCUCAGGAAGCAGAUAAAGAAGCUCGAGUCCCGGCUCAGCACCGAGUGCGUGGAUGCCGACGGCGACCCUCACGCCAACGGAGCCAAGUGGAAACGGGACCCCUGCACCGCCUGUGAAUGCCGCGACGGGCAGGUCACCUGCUUCGUGGAAGCCUGCCAGCCUGCCGAUUGUCCAGCACCCGUGAGAGCCAGCGGGGCCUGCUGUCCAGUCUGCCCGAGCGACUCCCCAGGAAAGAAGCCUUAGGUGCCUGGAGGCCCAGAGCGUCUCCGUGCGUCCUCCAUGGCCGCGCCAGUUCGUGGAGCGCAGGCCAGGGGCGUUGAGGCUCGGGGGUUCCAGGCUGCGGCUCCGGCUGUGUUGGAACUAACCCAGGAUCCUUGCUCACCAGGAGACCCUGGAGCAGACGUGGGCGGGAAGCAGACACGUGUCCUAACUUCAUGUUAGAUUUCUCAGGUUUUUAUUUAAUUUUUUUAAUGAAAAAUUGGUGCUACUAUUAAAUUGCACAGUUAAAUCAUUUAGGCUCCUAAAUUGAUUUCAGCUAAUAUCACCAUUUCUUCUCAACUGAAACUUAGUCCUGCUUGUUCCUGAUACCAAGAGCUUGCAGGCCCGUCGCCCAAGGGGUGGGCACAGAGUGGAGCUGCUGGCAGAGGGCGUGGGAUUUACGAGAAAUUCAGUAUUUGGCAAACGGAAUGGAGUCUCUGUGGAGCAUGUUGGGUGACGCUCUUGGGGGUGACACAGGCUCUCGUCCCCCAUCACCCCACGUCCGCCAGACCACAGCCCCUCCUCCGGUCCUCCGCAGCCUCCCGGGGCCUCGCCUGCACCGCAGAGCAGAUGUCCCUGCCGCCCGCAGCCCCAGCACAUCGUGCAACUCGGCACUCUUUUCACCCGGAUCAUGAGGUUAUUAAGCCGCGUUUAGGAACAAGUCUUGAGUUCACGUCCGACCUGCAUAUGCGCUACCUAGCGUGGACCAGAAAUGAAAACUCUCCGUGCUGUAGCGGACGGUGCCUACUGCUCCGUGCACGUGCCAGCUCAUGCUCCGCUCCAUCGCCGGACUCUGUCCCGCUCGAGCCCACGGAGAGUCAUGACGCCCUAGAUUCUUCUGCCGACGGGAGGAAUUCGAAUGUGGGGAACUUUCUGACUGCAGGUUGUGUGAGUGAGUUAAAGCAAUCCCUGUACCUCAUUUGUAUUUUCAAAAUGCACGACGCUUUAUGAAAUCUUGCCCACGUUUUAGUGUUAGACACGGCAGGAGUCAUUUCUACUCUGCAGAAGUUCUUACAGAAUCCAGUGAAAAGCAACUUUCAUACCUCAUGGUCUGUCUUUUUAAUUGACCAAAAACCUCCUGUUUUGUUCCAAAUACAAAGUGAUCUGUGUUCUGAGAAACAUGUCCUGCACAUUCUGUUCUGUUCUGCAGACGCUGAUUAGAGUGUCCAGUGGGAGCCGGGCCUUGUGCUGGGCACAGACGCAGGGCCCGCCUGCCCUUCCCAGCAGAGACCCAGGAGGACCCUGGCUGUCUCCGUCCCCUGGGGAGUCCAUCACGGGGGCGGCGGGGCUGGUGGUGGGGAAGGCCAGUCUCCGGCAGCGUCUGGCAUGCAGUGAGCAGUUGAGAGCCUGGGUUUAGCCCAGCACAGCCUCCUUCUCCUGCAGGAGCGCCCGGUGCCUGCAUGCUCAUAUUCCAGCCCGAGCAGCUUGAAACAGUCCACUUGCCUUCUGCCCUCACGUCACUAAGUGAUGAAUAAAAGCCCCACGUCCCAUGGGGCACCGGAUUUCUUUUGAAAUUGUAAGUCGAAUUGAGUAACCAAAUCCUGGAACAGAUUUCUGUAAACAGAAGGAGGAAAACUCUGUCUGAAAGUCAAUGGUUCUGUAAGUUGCUCAGGUGUGAAAGGACCACGGAGCCCACACUCUGCAGUGUUGGCGUCUGGAGGUGCCCGGGAGGCCUGUCUGCGGCCCCGUGCGGAGGCGGCCGGCUCGCAGGUUAAGGCUUGUGGCCUGGGCGGUUGUGGAAGGAUGGCACUGUCUCAGCCGACGGGGGCGGUCUGGUGCGCAGAGCAGCUCCGCGGUGCAGCUGGGAUGUCCGCAGAAUCACCGGUGGGGGGGAGGGGCAGAGCGGGUUUCAUUCACUUCUAACCGUUUGCCGACAGCAAGUGCCUUUCUUAUGUUCAUUGUAACCAGUACAUCACCAAAGAGACGUUUGCACUAUGUAACGAUGCCUUUCGGUUCCAAUAAACGGGCCACGUUUCCAGAUGGA